AUGGCCGCAGAUGCGUCGGAAAGGAAGGCUCUGAGAUACCAACAGACCCUGCUGUAUGGGGAAUACAGCGAGCACCCAGGUGGGUCUGGGCGCCGGAGAGAGGCCACCCGACUGCUAACAGAGAGACAAUGGAAGAAACACGACCACCAUCAUCACCAUGGUCACCAUCCGCAGCAUCACCAUGGCCACCAUCACCACAGCCACCACCAUGGCCACCCCCACAGUCACACACAUGGAAACGGGCACCACAACAGGCACAGGGGUCGGCAUCACUCGGAUGAGGCAGGACAUGCACAUAUGGCUACAGAGCAAGGCAACCCUUUGUCUAUAAAGAAACGCCGCUCCUACUCAAAGUGCAGAGACUGUGUAGCGCGGGUACAGAGGUUCCUGGUCACCAAGCUGGGAGAGGACUGGAUCUUCCUGGUGCUGCUGGGCGUCUCAAUGGCGCUGGUCAGCUGGACCAUGGACUACACCAGCGCCAAGAGUCUACAAUUGUACAAGUGGAUUCACUGGGAGCUGAGGGGUAAUGUCCUGCUCCAGUACCUGGCCUGGGUCAGCUAUCCUAUGCUGCUCAUCAUGUUCGCCUCCUCCUUCUGCCACCUGGUUGCCCCACAAGCCAUCGGCUCUGGUAUUCCUGAGCUGAAGACCAUUCUCAGAGGCGUAGUGCUGAAGGAGUAUCUGACUCUCAAGGCUUUUAUUGCCAAGGUCAUUGGUCUGACUGCAGGUCUGGGCAGUGGGAUGCCAGUGGGGAAAGAGGGCCCAUUUGUUCAUAUCGCCAGCAUCUGUGCUGCUGUGCUGAGCAAGUGUAUGAUGUUCUUCUCAGGAGUCAAUCAGAGCCCAUACUGCUACACAGACAUCCUCACAGUUGGCUGUGCAGUUGGGGUGGGCUGUUGUUUCGGUACCCCUCUUGGAGGGGUGCUGUUCAGUAUCGAGGUGACGUCCACUUACUUUGCUGUGAGGAACUACUGGAGAGGCUAUUUUGCCGCCACCUUCAGUGCCUUUAUAUUCAGAGUCCUCUCUGUGUUCAACAAAGACGCAGUCACCAUCACUGCUCUCUUCCGCACCAAGUUCCGCAUGGAUUUCCCCUUUGACCUCCAGGAGCUGCCAGCGUUUGCCAUCAUCGGGAUCUCCUGCGGGUUCCUGGGGGCCUUCUUCGUCUGGCUGAACCGCCAGGUGGUGCUGUUCAUGAGGAAACCCAAUGCCAUGACACGCUUCCUCACCAGACACCGACUGAUUUUCCCCGGUGUUGUGACCUUAGUGAUAGCCACCUUGACCUUUCCCCCUGGAUUUGGACAGUUCAUGGCUGGAGAGCUGAUGCCCAGAGAAUGCAUCAACUCACUGUUCGACAACUUCACCUGGACUAAAAUCUGGGGUUCUCCCCUUCCCCCCGGCCUGGGGCGCUCCUCUGCCUGGCUGCACCCCGACAUCAGCGUCUUCGUCAUCCUCCUCCUCUUCUUCGUCAUGAAGUUUUGGAUGUCUGCUGUUUCGACGACGAUGCCCAUCCCUUCUGGAGCCUUCAUGCCCGUCUUCAUACUCGGAGCCUCUUUCGGCCGACUGGUAGGGGAGAUCAUGGCUACCCUCUUCCCCCACGGGAUUCUGUUUGAUGGAAUCUUGUACCGCAUCAUCCCAGGAGGGUACGCUGUCAUUGGAGCGGCUGCACUGACCGGGGCGGUGACCCACACGGUUUCCACGGCGGUGAUCUGCUUCGAGCUGACGGGCCAGAUCUCCCACAUCCUGCCCAUGAUGGUGGCGGUGAUCCUGGCCAACAUGGUGGCCCAGGGCUUGCAGCCCUCGCUCUACGACUCAAUCAUCCAGAUCAAGAAACUGCCUUACCUCCCUGAGCUGGGCUUUGGACACAUCAGCCAGUAUAACAUCUUUGUGGAGGACAUCAUGGUUAGGAAAGUGAAGUUUCUCUCGUUACAGUCCACCUACAGGGAGUUGAUAUUUCUCCUGGACUCCAUUUCUCUCAAAACAAUACCACUAGUGGAUUCAACAGAUUCUAUGAUCUUAUUGGGCUCCAUCGACCGCUCAGAGCUCCACGCUCUCUGUGAUUGGUGGCUCUCAGCAGAGAGGCGGAUCUUCAGGCAGGAACAGUGUUUACAGGAACAGAACCAGUAUGCCAAAGACAGCUGGGAAUCCUUUGCCUUUGUGGAUGAAGACGACGAGGAGAGUGGAGAUAAGAGCACCCCAGUUCAGGAAGAACGAAAUGGCCCCCUGCCGUCCCCUAAACCGCAGGAGCCCUCGUCCAAUCACACAGCUCCUGACAAGGGCACUCUUCAGUCCGUUAGGGGGACUCUAUGGAAUAUAUUCUCCUCCCAAGGCAAACCGGCAGAGGGACAGUCACAGGAGCCUUGCGCCAACCCUCUCCUGUCCGAUACGAUGACACCAGAAGAGAUCAAAGAAUGGGAGGAGGCUGAGAUGGACAAGCCAAUGGAAAUUGAUCAGAUCCGAAUAGAUCCUUCCCCUUUUCAGCUGGUGGAAAGGACCUCGCUACACAAGACCCACACACUCUUCUCAUUACUGGGCCUGAGUCAUGCCUAUGUCACCAGUAUCGGAAAACUGGUGGGUGUAGUGGCACUUAAAGAGCUCCAGAAGGCCGUUGAGGCCUCUACGCAUAGCGGGGUACGACUACGCCCCCCCCUGGCCAGCUUCCGCAACAUCAGACGGAAGUCAUCCAAGCCCCAGACAACCUCAGCCCCCGCCUCCCCCACCGCCCCCUCCUCUCCUCUCUCCCCCGCUCCCGUCGUCGCCCACGCCCCUUCACCGCCACCUCCCCCGACACAGGAGGAGGAAGAGAUGGCGGUGUGGAUCGAGGGCACGAGGCGGGAGGUAGCGGAGGUGAACAGCAGUAGUAGUAGCAGCAGCAGUGGAACAGGGAGCAGCAGUAGCAACAGUAGCCCUUCGCUACCCCACUCGUUGCCCCUCUCCCUCCCGCUCACCUCGCCCCUCUCCAUUCCCCUCACUGUCGCCCUCUCCGUCCCCCUUGCUGCCUUCUCCACCCCCCUCCCCGCCCUCCGGGCUGCCUCAGAGCAGCAAGUGGAGGAGGAGGAGAGUAAUGAUGAGGAGUCCAUCUAGCCUUAUGAGUGCUGUUUUUUUUUCAUAACAUGUUUUUUUUUAAAUAUGUUGUGAAUUUCUCUUUUAGUCUUUCUCUAUCCCUUUAUUUUCUCUCUCUCACUAUCGAGCUUUCCUUCUCUUUCCUCUCUCGGUGAAUGAUGUCUGUGAAUCCAUGAGGAGAAAUAAUCUGGGCUCCAUAGUAGUACUUGACUUUUUAAGAUCAUUGGUUUUAUUUUUAUUUUUUAACUUAACCUUUAUUUAACCCACCUUUAUUUAAACAGGAGACAACGGCUACCGGUGGUGUUUCAAUAGCUAAAGAUUCAACGAGGCCCACCUUGUGAGGGAGUUCUAUGGUCACCAUGCUGGGUUGAUAGAUGACAGUGUUAAAUCAGACUGACAACAGCCAACUCAGGUGUAAUGAUGCUAGAGAUUUUUUACUUAAUAAUGCUAUGGCUACAAUCGGAACAACCACCAUCCAUCUCCCUUUGUAAUUUAGAUGAAUCGCUCACUUGAUGAUAACACAAAACAAACACAUGCUGAAUGAUUUUAUGAUGGUGAAUUUUCCUACCCCCCCCAAAAAAAAAAAAAAAAACUGGCGAGUGGUCUUUAGGCAUUAUUAGAUGGAGGAAAAUGGACUGAAACAGGAGGGACUGCCUCAGGAAAUAAGAAAUGCUCAUAUUUGUUUUACGUUGUGACACAUCGUAAAAUGUUACUCUUUGCAUGCCCUAAUGAACGAAACCCGCUGUUCUUCUGACACCACUGAGCACAGAAGAAAAAAGAACCGGUAUGACACAGGGUUUUAUGGGAAAAGUAGUUGAAUUAUGAAUGAUCCUCUUUCUCUCGGGCUCCUUCUUCGCUCUCGCUCUACUUCAAACAGUUUCUCAGGUUGCUCCCUAUGUCUUUAAACCUGCAGAUUUCGGACAGAGGAAUCUUUGCUGUCUGUUAAAUGAAAAGGAUUUCUAUUUGUUCAGUCAGUUUUGUAAUGUCUGAAUGUACAGUAUGUAUGUUUAUCUGUCUGCCUUUAGUCGUGUAUUUAUUUAUCUUUUGUAGAGACGAUUUUCCUCUGAAUGUAUAAAACGAUGACUAAUGUAGCUAAUAAAAGGUUAGUAACUUAUCUGCCAAAUGAUUUAUUGUUGUGAUUAUUCAAUGCAUAUGGAUAUAGAACAAAAAAAAACCGAAUACAACUAUUAUACAACUAUUACUACAAAAGUGAAUGCUUACUUACAUUAAAUGAACAUAGGCUUUUUGAGUAAAUGUUUUACUAAGUGACAUGCCUGUUAAUUUAAAGCAGCAGAGGCAUCUUUGUCAUAUUGAUGAAUUGGUGAACAAAUUGGUGGUUCCCAGCUCCACUCCCACACUCCAGUCUUUUUCUGUCUCUCACUUCCAUUGUAAUCAACGUUACAGGCAGUUAAACAAUGUCCUCCAACAGAACAAUUAGUCAGUUAUAAAGAAACAGACAGAGGGUAGUGAAGCCUACAGUAAGGCGCCAGUAACGAAACCAGAAAAGCCAUAGUGUUUGCAGGACUGUAAACGCUCCAGAUUUCAUAGCAUUGUGGGGGCGAAACUGAUGGAUUCCAAAAUUCGAUGAAUAAAUGUUGUUCCCUUUUAAUACUUUUCAGCUCUGUCAGAAUUAAUGGGAUAUUUGAGUUGUCCUUUAUCCAUGGUGGAUGUGAGUGACCCAGUAUACUCUAAAUCUUAACCCAGCCUGGCAAGCAUACAGAAUUGAAUUGAGAAUGUCUAAUAAAUUCCAAUUAAAUUAUUGAAUUUGAAUUGAAGUAGUAAACAGGAUACAGAAUUGCAAUUAAAAAAGUAAUUAAAGGAAAUGUAAUUGAAUUCAGUGAAAUUCAAAUGUCUCUUCAAUUCUAUAUUUGGUGUAGUCUAUACAAAAAUAUAUUGUGUACAUAACAUCAAUCGUGAAAAUAGAUUUGGCUAUUCUAAGCACUAAGGUUAAAAGUGUAUUUAAAAAAAACAUUUCUUUAAACUAGGCAAGUCAGUUAAACAAUGAGUUAAACAACCCUAACGGUGCUGGGCCAAUUGUGUGCCGCCCUAUGGGACUCCCAAUCACGGCAGGUUGUGAUACAGCCUGGAAUCAAACCAGGGUCUGUAGUGACCCUCUAGCAUUGAGAUGCAGUGCCUUAGACCGCUGCACCACACUUUUCCAGAGAAAAGUGUGACCUGUCAGACUCAAUGAAACUCGUGUUUUAUGAUUGAGUGGAAUUUCUUUGAAUUGCACUGAAUUAAAUUAUCCUUCCUGUCACUCAAACUCAAGUUCAAAUUCUAAAUCCUGUGGGAUGUGGCCAAUUCAAUUUGAAUUUAAACUUAUGAGUUGAAUGGGAGUCAAAAUUCUAAAUUGAGCCCAACCCUGGCAUACAGUGGUCAAAAAGCAUCCCACCAGAGCUUUAAAUGGUAUAUGUGACCAACCACCUCGAUUUGGUCUAAUGUGGAAAAAUUUGAAAUUGUGUUUUUUACAUUGGAUAAAAGUAGAGACUCAGAACUACAAAAUGGUAUAUCAUACGCUGAAGUUGAGGAACAAUGGGAAAAUAAUUCUGCUUUGAAAGUUGAUAAACUUGUAACCCACACUUUUGAGAAAAUGGACCUUGAAUGUGCUGGUACACCUACUGGAGAUCUAUUCUUUAUCUGCAACUAUUCACCAUCGUUCACACCCUCUUAAGCCUUAGUACCACCCAUCUCUUUAAGGAUUCAGAUGUGAGGCAUGUAGCUAACUUGAUGGGUCAUGUAAACAUCUGGCAAAUUGGAGACUUGUUUAGACAUGUAGCUAGCUAGCAAACAAUAAAAACAGAUUGUCAUAGCUUGCUACCAUGCAUGAAAUGCUGUAGUAUGAAUCUGUAGGUAGCUAAAUGUCAUGACUUCCGCCGAAAUCGACUCCUGUCCUUGUUCGGGCGUCAUUCGGUGGUCGACGUCACCGGCUUUCUAGCCAUUACCGCUCCAUUUUUCAUGUAUCCAUUUGUUUUGUCUUGUUCCCUGCACACCUGGUUUUCAUUCCCCAAUCAAUCCAUAUGUAUUUAUUCCUCUGUUCCCCAUGUCUUUGUGUAGGAUUGUUUGUGUUACGUGUAUUUUGAUAUUGUGGAUAUUGUUACGGGCAUUAUUUUUUGUCUAUGUUCUGUGUUUUGGCCACAUUUUUCUGUUACUUUGUACUGUCAUUUUGAC